GCGGGCGCCGGGCUUCGGCUCCCGGGGCGGCGGGGAAAGCCGCCAGUCGGAUGCUCACCGGGAGGUGAGAGCUGCGAGUUGGGCCACGAGGGGGCGCUGCGGAGCUGGGGGACACCCCUCCCUACCCUCCUCAGUCCCCCGCCCCCUCCCCGCCCGCGCGCAAAACACACUCGCCCCAGAGGCAGCGCGGCGGAGCCCGAGCCGCGGCCGGAGCGGAGCCGGAGAACGGCGGUGGCGGCGGCGGCACCAUGACCCUGGGCAGCUGCUGCUGCGAGAUCAUGUCCUCCGAGAGCUCCCCGGCCGCGCUGUCCGAGGCCGACGCAGACAUAGACGUGGUGGGCGGCGGCGGCGGCAGCGGUGGGGGGGAGCUCCCUGCCCGCUCCGGGCCCCGCGCCCCCCGGGACGUGCUCCCCCACGGCCCCGAGCCUCCUCGGGAGGAAGCCGAGGCGGACGCAGCCGAGGACGAGGAGGAGUGCGGCGGCUGCUCGGACGGCGAGCCCCGAGCUCUAGCGCCCCGGGGGGCGGCGGCCGCAGCGGGAAGCCCCGGACCAGGCGCGGCGGCGGCGGCGGCGGCGGCCCGGGGCGCCGCGGGGCCCGGGCCGGGACCGCCGUCGGGGGGCGCGGCGACGCGGAGCCCCCUGGUGAAGCCGCCCUACUCGUACAUCGCGCUCAUCACCAUGGCCAUCCUGCAGAGCCCCAAGAAACGGCUGACGCUGAGCGAGAUCUGCGAGUUCAUCAGCGGCCGCUUCCCCUACUAUCGGGAGAAGUUCCCCGCCUGGCAGAACAGCAUCCGCCACAACCUCUCGCUCAACGACUGCUUCGUCAAGAUUCCCCGCGAGCCAGGCAAUCCAGGCAAGGGCAACUACUGGACGCUCGACCCGGAGUCGGCCGACAUGUUCGACAACGGCAGCUUCCUGCGGCGCCGCAAGCGCUUCAAGCGGCAGCCGCUACCGCCGCCGCAUCCACACGCGCACCCUCAUCCCGAGCUGCUGUUGCGUGGCGGGGCUGCGGCGGCGGGGGACCCCGGCGCCUUCCUGCCGGGCUUCGCCGCUUACGGCGCUUACGGCUACGGCUACGGCUUGGCGCUCCCGGCCUACGGCGCACCCCCACCGGGCCCGGCCCCGCACCCGCAUCCGCACCCGCACGCCUUCGCUUUCGCCGCCGCUACCGCGCCUUGCCAGCUGUCCGUACCCCCAGGCCGCGCCGCUGCUCCUCCACCCGGACCUCCGACGGCCUCGGUGUUCGCGGGCGCAGCCUCGGCUCCGGCCCCCGCGCCUGCCCCGGGCGCAGGGUCGGGCCCCGGCCCCGCAGGCCUGCCAGCCUUCCUGGGUGCCGAGCUGGGGUGCGCCAAAGCCUUCUAUCCCGCGUCGCUGAGCCCUCCCGCAGCCGGCACCGCGGCCGGUCUGUCUACCGCACUCCUGCGCCAGGGCCUCAAGACGGACGCAGGCGGUGGUGCGGGCGGUGGGGGCGCCGGGGCCGGGCAGAGGCCUUCCUUCUCUAUAGACCACAUCAUGGGCCACGGUGGCGGCGGCGGCGGGGCAGCACCCCCGGGCGGAGGCGAGGGCUCCCCGGGAUCGCCUUUCGCGGCGGCGGCAGGUCCUGGGGGUCAAGCCCAGGUCUUGGCUAUGCUGACUGCCCCAGCCCUGGCUCCAGUGGCCGGCCACAUCCGCCUCUCUCACCCCGGGGACGCGCUCCUGUCUUCAGGGCCCCCGUUUGCCAGCAAAGUCGCCGGCCUCAGUGGCUGCCACUUCUGACCGCAUCGAGCUCAGGGCCGGUAAGGCCCGCACUCCUCAGCCUCUCCCGGGAGCUCCUGCGGUCCCAGCGGAACUCAGGGAGUCUAUUUAUGAAGAGUCUCCAGACCUUGGGCCGGCGCUCGUGACUUGGCACUUCAGGCUCCAUGCUCAGAAUUUCGGCGAGAGUUGGGACGAAGCGGGCUCCAUCGAUCAGGGAGAGGCCCAGGUCUACGCGAUGAAUUCGCAAGCCAUGAUCCAUCCCACUCCAAUAUGAGCAGUAAAAGGGGCGGAGGAGCCUUCACUUUUUCCCAGCCUCUGCGCCUCUCAGAGGCCCGGGAGGAAUGCUUUCCUUCAGAGAUGUCUGCCCAGGCCCUACCGAUUCCACCAGAAACACCAACUGCACAGAGAGGUCUCCCUUUCUGCCUCUCCCUCACUCCUUCCCCCACUUUGAGGCCCUGCUUGUCCGAUAUUAUAAUUUGAAGAUACCUAUUAUCUGCUUUGUGCUUAAAAGAAAAUUUCAACUUUUUUUUUCUUGCUGUUCUCCAAGGAAGCUCGUUUCCUCUGAAGCCUAAAGCAGUGCCUACACCGGCAAAGUUGAACGGAGAGGUUAAGCGAGGUGUUUCCACAGUCCCCGCAGAAACCCGGGAUCCCACUACACUGAGGAACAUCCUCCCUCUUUUGUGUUGGGGUGCUUUUAAAGGAACUUUCCCCUUUUCCCAUGGCAGGCUGGGUCCAGCCAUCCAGGGCCAGUGGCCCUCUCAGCGCUCUGCUCUGUCCCAGGCCCUGGGAUAUUUAUUGUAGCUAAAGGCAAUGAGGUUGGGGUGGGACAGGAGGAUCUGGGUCAAGGACUGGAGAGGUGGGGGUGGGGUGGGCAAGAGCACAUCCUGUGGCAGGGGGUCCUGUAAUUACGUGUAAAUAUCUGUACAGUGGGCUGCUAUCUGCGUUCUCUGUCCACUGUGUGUGAAUUGAUUUAGAUUUCCCCACUGAGGGGAGACUCUGUGAAAUCGUCUGAUGGUUUGUGUGGAAGAAAAGAAAAAUCUGUCUUCCCCCCCAUUCCCAUUGGUGUCAGUUGAAUAAAUGUAUGUGAACUCCGGCA